AAGCCUUUUUUCAGGAUGUUAAAAGAAUAUAUCAAAUAUCUGUUUGAAAUUAUAAUGGGUGUGCAAAAUGUACAGAUAAUUUUUGAUGAUCCAACAGCAGUAUUUACACCUGGUCAAACCAUUACUGGACGAGUUUUAAUUGUGAUUAGUAAUUCAGUAAAAAUCAAAAAUAUAAAAUUAAAAUUCCAAGGAGAAGCUAAUGUCAGAUGGACUGAAACCAAAUCUCGGACUCAUAAUAAUAAUCGAAGAGAAAACCAUUCAGUUAGUUAUUCUGCAAGAGAAGAAUAUUUUAAAAAUAAAUUUUUUCUGGAAGGUGCAAAAGGUGAAUCACAAUUAGAAGUUGGUGAAUAUGUCUAUCCAUUUAAUUUUUCUUUACCAGACGAGUUACCAUCAACAUUUAAAGGUGUUCAUGGAAAAGUAUUUUAUGUAGCAAAAGUCAAAAUUAAUAUACCUUGGAGAACAAAUGUAGAGGAAAAAAUAAUGUUUGAAGUUAUUUCUCUUAUACAUUUAAAUAAUGAACCAUCAUUAGCUAAACCCAAGACAGCAUCAAAAGAAAAGUAUUACUGUUGCUGUUUGUGUAAAUCUGGCCCGAUGACAUUGGUUGCCCAUAUUCCUGUUAGUGGUUUUAUACCUGGACAAUCUAUACCGGUUACAGUUGAAUUGGAUAACAACAGCAAUGUAGAUGUGGAUACUAUUAAAAUAAAGCUGGAUAGAACUUUGGAAUAUAGAUCACAGCUCCCUAGUAGUAAAAUAAACUAUGAACACAAUGAGAUUGUUAAUGUAUAUAUAGAUGGUGUAGAAAAACACAAUUCGAAAACACGUGUGGAACAACUUCAAAUUCCGAAUGGUUUGACUGUACCCAAUUUAAAACAUUGCGAAAUUAUAACUGAUAAAUAUUUUCUAAAUGUUGAGGCUCAUGUUAAAGGUGCACAUUUAAAUGAAAUAGCUUCUAUUAAAAUAAAAUUGGGUAGCAUACCAUUGACAAUAGCUAGCAAUGAUCGUCAAUUUGAUUAUUCUUUUCAACAAUCAAAUCCUUUACCGUCUGUGGGUGUUAAUGAGCCAAUUUCGGUUCCUGGAUAUGCUCAACUAGUAGUUCCAAGCAACCAAUUAUAUACUGUGCCUCAGAAUACAUCUUUUCACAAUCCAGAAAAUGGAAUGAUUUUUGUACAAAACAUUCAACUUUCUGAAUUCCCAAAUCCACCACCACCAUACCAAUUUUCAGAGGAUCCAGAAAUAACGUCUGCAAUUCCAAUGACUUCUAUAGAAAAAUUUUAGAUGGCGACCUAGAACUAACUCACUAAAAAUGGUGGUAGUCAUGUUCAAUGGCCCCACUAUCCACUUGUGAUAAGCAUUGACAAAGACCUUAAGGUCAUUUCAAUAAACAAAUAAAAAAAAAAAAAAAUAAUAAUAUUAAUUUUGAACAAUGUUUUUGAUAUAAUUAACAUUUAUAUUAUAAUCAAUCAUAUCAAUUUGAUGAUUAAAUUAUAUAUAUAUCUCAAAUAAUAAAACUUUCAUCAAUAAACUUGUAAACUCCCGUUAACUGGGGGAGAUAGCAUUAUGGGUCUACGCAGUCGGGUAGUUCAGUGGUAGAGCAAUCGCCCGGCAAGUGAGAGACACCUCUAAUAGUAAUAUAAUUUUAAUAUUUUAGAACUUGUAUUUCUC